GUUUACAUGGAGCAACAAGGUCCAAGUCUAGAGGAAAAACAUCAUCCUCAAUGAGAGACUGUGGCUACAGACAGAAGCUCAAAUAUAACCUGGUCUGUAAUGACCGAGCAUGUUUCCAUUGAGGAAACACAGAUUGAUAGUAAAACACAUCUUUAAUUGGCAGCUCCUUUAAUUCUAACUGAAUGAUGAAUAAAAACAGGACGUUCCACUCAGAGUCAUGACGGGUUCUAGAUUUCUGCUUUCUGGUUUUACAAGUCUGGAUCUUCAUGUACUGAAACUCUGUCACUGUUCUUGCAAAACAAGCUGCUGUAAUUAUUUAAAAAUCUUUCUAAAAUAUAUUUUUCCUUGGAUCUCAGAUCAUUUGUAAACAGAGACAGAAAAUGCAACUUUGAUGAAAUUUCUCUAAGUUUCCUUUCAGUUUAAGUCAGAAUGAGCUCACACCGAAAAGAACUAAAAGGUCUAGAAUUAGUUUACUUUACUAUAUUUCCUGUGAAUGAUCUAAACAUGCAGGAGGUGAAGUUUGUGUUUAAAAACAGUGAACAGAGAAUAGAAACGUAACUCUGUAUGAAGCUCUGAGGAAAUUCUCUUCUGUUCCUCUUCAAACCAGGAAUCAAACUGUUAAAUUGUUAUUUUGGUUCCUUUUCAAUGUCUUUAAAUGUCUUUAUUCUUAACCUCAGUGUCAUAAAGAAGUCUGUUAGAAGAGGAUUUGGAUUUCCUGUUGCAAUAUGUGAAGCUGCAGAGCAUCUUGGGUCUCUGCAAAGCUCUUCAGCAGAUAUCCACUGUCUCUGACAUCAGAACUCUGGUGCCAGGCCUCAAAACUCAUUACUUGUCCAACCCCAGCAGCCAUUGAAUGGAUACCAAAGAAAGCAGAUGCCAGUGUAAUUCCUGAAGUCCAGCCUGAGAUGAAACAGAGCUGUGAAUAAGGAUCGCCUGCAGACUCCCCGUCACCGAUCCCUUUGAGUUCAGACAUCAUGAUUAAUGUUGGUCUACCUGUUGAAUGGUUUUAUUCAACCACAGAGGGCGACAGACAGGCAGCAGUCUGAGGGCGGGAAAGAUGAAGCUUUGGAGAGGCUGGAUUAAGAUUAAAGAGAAGCUGCAGCAGGUUGCUGCUGAGCCACAGGUUUGGAGAACAGCAAUAAUGUCAGAGGAAUAACAGAAGUUCACCUCAGGCCAGAAGGCCAACCUACAAUAUUGUGGAAAACAUGGGCAAAUAAACCCUUCCUGACCUUAACUAACCCCAUUACAUGACUGGUCAAUCAUUGCAUGUUUGCACAAACUCUUAGUAAAAGUCAGUUCCCCCUUUUAAAUGAAAAUAAGCCCAAAUAAACAAUAAUUACACAGAGGCUAAACGCUUCAGAUGGUUAGUCACAUCCCUGGAAUAACUACUCUGGAUAAACCCCAAAGGAACCCACAGCUGAGAACCUCAGAACCUCUGAGUCAUGGGCACAUAAUGUGACAGGAGUAAUCAGUUGUGGCAUGGCUAUUUAUAGUCCAACUGUUUCUUUUAUUUGUCUGGAUUUCACUGAAGUAGCAGAGAGCAGAGAUGCUAACUUCAGCUUUAGGCAGAUUGAGAUGGUCUAAAAGGAAGAUGGACAACUUUGUUUAUGGAUAUUUUCAUCUGUUGUUCUGUCCUUCAGCUUCCUGGCCAAUCAAAUCAAACCAUGACUCUUUAGCAGCUAAAAUUUUUUCAAGCUUUUUAACAUAAUAAAUUAAACACCAUCAUCAGCAGCGCAGCAGCUCCUAAACAGACAUUGUUUGUCCAUUGGAUCUCUAAUCCUCAGUGGCUCAGACAGCCUGCUCCUUUCAGACUCCUGCCCGCCUCCCUCUCCUUCCCUCUGGGGGCCGCUGCCCCUGAACCGGCCUAAAGCAGCAGCAGGAUGUUCGCAGCCUCAGCCUCUGUGCAAGGAAACAUGAGCAGGCGCAGAUAUUCAGAGUCCCGGGCCGCCGGAUAAAACCAGAGGAGGAGACGGCGGUCCGUGUGGUUGGAGCUCAGAAACUCAGGCGGGGAACAUGUGAGCGGGGCAUGGGCGGCUGGGAGCGGGAUUAUUGUUCAGCACAGCCGAGAGACGCAGGAGGGAGCCGGGGAAGGAGAGACGCGGGGACAGUUUUCUUCCACGAACCUUUUGGAUUCGAGCGCAGCAGAGAAAUCUGCGGACCGAGCGGCCAAAGAUGAACACCGUUGUGUUUAACAAGCUGAGCAGUCAGGUCCUGUUUGAGGACAAGGCGAAGGAAGUGGAAAUGAGCAGCAGAAAUUACCUGGAGGUCAUCGACGGCCAACAUCCAGAUCUCCUCUGCAGCAGCCCGGCCAUCAGAGACAGCCAGGCGGCCAGACACAGGCGGAGCGGGGGUCGUCCCAGCGGCAGCAAAGUGCGACACAAGCGCCAGGCUCUGCAGGACAUGGCGCGGCCGCUCAAGCAGUGGCUCUACAAGCACAGAGACAACCCGUACCCGACCAAGACGGAGAAAAUCCUGCUGGCGCUCGGCUCGCAGAUGACUCUGGUCCAGGUGUCCAACUGGUUCGCCAACGCCAGGAGACGCCUGAAGAACACGGUGAGGCAGCCGGACCUGAGCUGGGCGCUGCGGAUCAAACUCUACAACAAAUACGUUCAGGGCAACGCCGAGAGGCUGAGCGUCAGCAGCGACGACAGCUGCUCCCAAGAUGGAGACAACCCUCAGAGGACACAGAGCGGUCCUGAGGAUCUCACCAAGCCCUUGUACCAGAGCGUCAUCAAGAAGGAGGGCUCCCCCAUGGUGGGCGUGGCCAUCGGCAUGGACCCAGGGCUGCGUUCUGCCGUGGAGGCCGAGGACUACGUGUCUCCACCCAAGUACAAGAGCAGCCUGCUGCACCGCUACCUGAAUGACUCUCUGCGGCACGUCAUGGUGGCCAACGCUGUCAUGGACGCUCGCAAGAGGAACCACUCUGGCUCCUUCAGCUCCAACGAGUUCGAUGACGAGCUGCUGUCGCCAUCGUCCUCUGAAGCUGAGGCCCACUUCGUCUAUCGAGCCGAAGCCACAGACCAUGGAUCAAGUCAACAUGACAAGGGCAACGGUGGCGUCGCAGCGACGCAGAAGGUGAAGGUGAAGGCCAAAGAUGAGACGUACUGGAAGGAGAUCAACGCCGCCAUGGCCUUGACCAACUUGGCUCAGGGGAAGGACAGCGUCUCCGGGACAACCAGCUGCAUCAUCCAGAAGUCCUCCCAUAUAGCUGAGGUGAAGACUGUUAAAAAGGUUCUAGCUCUGACCUCCUCCCAUCCAAAAGUAGAAACCAGCAAACAUUCCUCUCUCAGCAAGUUUGAACUGAACUCCCCUUUAAAUGAAGAGAACUGUUACUUAUGGAGGGAAAAGGGCUUGUUUAAAGCUGAAGAAGAAAUCAUUUUGUCAUGUUGAAGUUCCCGUUUUGUACCAUUUCCCUUCCAUUGUCAGUGCCUUAACAUUCCCAUUCUUGAAGCAAAAAAUGUUUGUAAUGUUAUACUAUUAUCCAAAGUGAACUUAUCUGGUGGUAAAAACUAGCAGUACAAUAAGCUGGGUUAGGAUUCAACAUGUAGUAGAAGGUACAUACAUCUGAUUAAAUAUAAUUUAUUUAAGGUUAAAAUUUUUACUUUAACAUACUUCAUUGUGUCUUUAAUGUUCUGUGUCAGUGCUUCUUCCUAGUGCAAAGUGAUGCCCACUUUAGCAAUUUUUAAUUUGAAAUCUGAAUUUUGGAAGCUUUUUUUUCUUUUUUCUAUGCCAAAUCUUAAAGCUGCGGUAUGUAAGUUUCAUCUUUUUUUUUUUUUUUUUUUUUUUUUUUUAUAUUUGUUGAAACUAUUUGUUGUAACAUUAUGGUGUGAGACAGAUAAGCUAUUGAAGCGCCGUUGCCUUUUCCCAGUGCUAACCAGAAACCACCAAUCAGAGCCUGGAGGCGGGUGUUAGUGCUGUCAAUCACCCGCCUUGUGGCAGGGCGAGAGCAGAGCCUCACCCUAUAAAAAUUACAGACUACAGCUUGAAGGCUUUUUAAAAUCUUGUUCUAUGGCAAAUUCUUAGAUUUCAGUAUUCAGUAAAUGUAGUACAAAGUUCUUUUCCGUAGCCAAGACCCAUAAACAUGAUUUUGAAGACAUCAAACUGAAAACAGUCUGAUUACCAGACUCUUACCACAGAGGUACAGCUGCCUCAAAUUUAGCACUAGAUUAGCCUUAAACCCGGUCACCGUGAUGCCUGUGCCACGGCUGCCUUUUCUGUUCCAGUGAAAUUAAAAAUUUCUGUGAGAAUGCUCAGUUGAUCAGGUGCUGAUGUGAACCUUUGCGUGCCUCAUGGUUGUGUUGGAGUUGCCUGGAUGUCUGGUUGUUUUGUUUUGGUCAGUUUUGUUUAUUCAGGCUGUUGCAUUAGGAUCAUGUCUUGGCAUCCAGUGGAAAGAGUCUGUUUCUGGAGAAAAUACUUUUCCUAAUGGUGCACAUGUCAUAAAGUUUUGUGGUGAGCUUGGAAAAGCUCACAGUUGUAAAAAAGAAGAAGAAAAAAAAGAAAAACCUUCUCAUGUCCUUGGGAGAAAGUGAAGUUGGCCCUCUGUGCUGACUUUUAAUUUAAUACGCCUUCAAGGUACUGUUCAUGUGUUUUGAAACCUAAAGUGUAACAUGAAUUGCUCAGUUUGAGUUUUAUGACAUGCAGUCUGUUGUUAUGGUCAAGGACUUUGCAAAAGAGUGAAGUUGCACAGUGAUUUUUUUUUUUCUUUUUACAUGUCUCGAAUGUUUAACAAAAGUCUGUACUUAAAGUUCGUGGUUGGAGAGGUGUUUCAACAAAAUGAAAGAAAGCUCAAGAAAUGAGGGGUGCCUUUGCAAGUAGAAAGAAAAGAGUCAAACCUGCCAAUCCCCAGUAAGGCUGUUGGCCUCCUAUAGGUGUUUAUAUACAUCGGAUCCAGGCAGGGAGGACCUGGAUCCAUGCCUUCGUCUCUGAACGGAGGCAUGGGCCUCACAACUUGCACACUGAGAGGAGGCAGGGGAACAUAAGGAGAGUUCAGGGACAGAAAGUCUCUGCUGCCCUAAAAACCAGAGACUGGUCACACUGGCUAACCCAUGAACCCCACUGUGGACCAGACUGUCUGAGGGCUUCAACAAACUCUCCACUUCAUCUGGGAGGAUCCAGUCCAUGUUUCUUCAUACCUUACCUGCCUUGUAAAGUGACUAUGCCAGCUGGAGUGUGAAGCCUCCCUCAGGGAACGAUGGUUACCUCCCUGAUACGCCCGCAUUACGGCCAGCCAACAGAACCCUGUUUGGGUUGACAGUAAAUAAACCAGGGAGGAGGUGAAAUGAGGACAAACAAUGAGGCUCAUUCCAAUCAUUUUGUAAAUGAAAAGGUUCUGUAUCGAUGAACUGAAGUCAUCGUCUGUGAUCCUGAACAGAACUGAUGCUCUAACUGGGAGAACCUUGUUCCCCUGACAACAGAGGAGUCAUUAUGGAUAUUGUAGCAUCACACAGUAAAUCAGGACACGUAGAGAUGAAACGGAAUCAAGAUGUUUUCAUUAUUUAUAUUUAAUAUGGCAACCAUCAGAUUUUUUUUUAAUGUUGACUCACAAAGUGAGAUUUUUUAUUUUAUUUUAUUUUAUGCUUAUUGAAAUGGAGACUGGAUGUUCAGUCCAAUGACCAAAUACAUAUCUCCCUUUUGUUUGAUUUGUUUUCACGUAAAGUUGUUUUUUUAUGCUGCUUUGUA